GGUCGAGCGAAGGUGGUCUUUCUCGCCUGGGUAAAUUGUGGAGCAGUAUUCCGGAUAAACUGGGAAGCAGGAGUCCGGACGGCGUAUUUUGCUAGCAGUGAAGUUGAUAAAGUAUUCCAGGUUAAAUGCAAUGCGUAUCGGGGCGAGUGAAUUGUGUCGAGAAGAGCACGAAUACAUGCUUAAAUUUCUGCUCGUUGGUGACUCGGAUGUUGGCAAAGACGAAAUAGCGGACCUUUUGGGGCCAUCUGUCUCAUACACUCCAGAUGCUCUCUUCAUACCAUUUGCAGUUCCUAAAACGACAACAAUACUGUUAGAGGGAAAGUUCGUGCGAUUGCAAUUGUGGAAUGCAUCAGGGCAAGGACGCUUCUCUACUAUAAUCAAAUCAUAUUCACGGGGAGUUCAAGGCAUUUUAUUGGUUUAUGACAUUACGAAUAGAUGGUCUUUUGAUGGUAUACGCCGAUGGCUUGCGGAAAUUGAUGAGCAUGCACCUGGUGUCCCGAGAAUUUUAAUCGGCAAUAGACUUCACUUGGAGUUCAACCGAGCUGUUCCGCGUCAUGAAGCAGAAUAUUUUGCCCGAAAGAGGAAUAUGCAAUAUUUCGAGAUCUCAACAUUAGCGUAUUUUAAUGUACAUGAAAGUAUCACGGAGCUAGCACGUUUGGUCAUUUCGAGAAACGGAAUGCAGUGGUUGUGGAAGAGUUCCCAAGUUGCCUCCUUGCAAGAUCUCUGUUGUCGAGCUGUCGUAAAGUAUAUUUCAAAUGUGCAUGCUAUUGAUCGACUACCUCUUCCCACAUUUCUCCAGUUAAAAGUAAGAUCCUUCGCUUCUGGUGCGGAUUUGUGUAUGCACAGUGUUAUACGGCGUCAGUAUGCGACUCCAUAUUUCAGUUCAGCAAGUAAAUACAUAACACGUUUUGUACGAGCACGAAAUACGAACACAAAAGAUCGUUUGCGAAACGCGAACUGCGAUUUGAUGUGAUGCAAAGUUCUCUAAGCUAACUGCAUAAGUGACAUGCUGUUAAAGCAGUCGUACAGUACGAAGCUAUCAGCCGCCAUACUUAAUCUUUUUUUUUCUGUGAAAAUCAUGAGAAAUUGCUUCAUUUUUUUGUAUCACUGAAAGUUAAUCUUAUGUUACAGGUUCAUUCGUUACUGGUUUUUUUCAGUUGCCACUGAUCAGAAAUAAGAUCACUCUCACUCUAAUAAUAUGAAUUUAAUUGCUGUUGGUUCUUAGAGUUAUUUAUGAUGAAUUGCUAUUAGCAAUUCAUGUCUUUUACAGAAUUCCUGAACACAGUUUAAUUCUUGUUGAACUCUUAAUCGUUUUAUAUGUGUCAAUAAAUUUGCAUUACUAAUGUAAUUCAUGUAGCUUUUUUAUUGUUGUGAGAUGUUCACUUUUCAUAUGCCGAGGAUUGUACUAUUACUCAGAUAUUGGACUGAUGCUGAAAAGCAAAACUUCGGGCAAAAUAUUUGCAUUUAACAAGGUUUUAGUUUGACGCUUUUGACUGAUGCCCUACUUAUCGAACUGAUGUUAUACAUUUUAACUAGUAGAAAUUCAAGGUCCUUCUAAGGGAAAUACUUUUCCUAUUUCUGGAAAAUAGGUCCCGAAAUGGGGCGAGAGAAUAUAAGAGCAGUAAAUUAAUCCAAGUUAUGGCAGUUGUAUCAGUUUCUCUCUACU